GGAAAUUUACAUCAUCCCGAUGACGAGCGCGUUUCGAGCCGCAGACGCAGUGUUUCUUUCGGCGUGGAUUAUCCGUCUGGUAACCAUGAUUAUAUUUAAUCUCCUUAUCGAAUUUGUACUAUGGUAAUUAGGACAACAACGUUUUCGCGCCAGGCGAUCCUCUCAUAAUCAACAAAAAAAAAAACAUUCGGCGUACUUCGCAAGGUUUUUCUGCAUUCGGAAAGUGUCCGGUUCAAGAUGGGUAAGCUCGACUGUCUCGUGUGGCUUGGCCUGAAGCAAGGCCCCCCAGGGAGUACAAUCGACGGUGUUGUCACGUGGCGAAUGCUGAUAGCCGAGUAUCUCGGCACGCUCUUGCUCGUUUUCUUUGGCACCAUGCUCGCCGUGGCUCCAGGAAACGUGGACCCGAUCUCUGGACCUUUCGCUGGGGGACUAGCGCUUGCCUGCAUCGUUCAGGCAUUGGCGCACGUGAGUGGUGCGAUGGUUAAUCCGGCAAUGUCACUGGGCUUCUUCACCUGUAGGCGGAUUUCCUUCAUCAAGUUGUGCUUGUUUUCGCUGGCCCAAUGCGCAGGAGCCAUCUCCGGAUCCGCGCUUCUGAAGGCAGUAACCCCGAGCACGAACCACGCGUUGCAUGCAAUGGGAUCGACCACUCUGGCCCCCGGAGUGACGAUUUUCCAUGGGAUCUGCAUUGAGAUCAUGAUCACAUUCCUGCUCGUCUUCCUCACUGUGUCUGCCACUGAUGGUCGACGAGUGGACGUUACCGGCUCCAUCCCGCUCAUCAUCGGCCUGGCCAUCGUUGCCUGCUCAUUCGCUGCCCUCAAAGAACCACCCGCCAAAGUCAAGUGGAGGGGAAGAGAAGCCCGCAGAAUUCGAUCAUGA